CAGCGUGACAUGGAAUCGCACUCGCACUCGCACCGCCGGCGCCGGCGCCGGAGCAACGCCGGGGCCACGGAGGAGGAGAAGGACCGGCUGAGCAGCCUCCCCGACGACCUCCUCCACGCCAUCCUCCGCGCCCUCCCGCUCAGGCACGCCGCCCGCACCAGCGCGCUCUCCCGGCGGUGGGCGCACCGGUGGCUCCGCGCGCUCGCCGCCUCCCCGGUGCUCGACCUCACCGACCGGGACUUCGCCCGCGGCCAGCUGCCGGCGCGGGCUGCCGCCACGGUGGGCCGCUGCCUCCGCCUCCACGCCGAGCACGGCGCACCCCUCCACGCGUUCCGCGUUGCGCUGGCGCCGCCGGCCCCGUCGGGGCUGGUGGGCGGCGGCGGCGGCGCGUUCGGGCGGGACGCCGUCGGGUUGGUCGCGGCCGCCGUGGCGAGCAGCGCCAGGGAGGUGGAGGUGGACCUGGCGCCGCCGCCGCCGCAGGAAGGUGAUGAGGACGUGGCCGCGCUCGCCGAUCGCCGAACCGCGGCGCUCCUCGAGCUCCCCGGCGACGUGUACUCGCUGGAGCGGCUCGCGCUCGGCUGCUUCAGCCUCCGCGCAGUGCCGCUCCCCGCGGCGGGGCUCGCCGGCCUCCUCUCGCUCUCGCUCAGCCACGCCGACGUCACCGACGAGGCCGUCCGGGGCGUGCUCGCCGGCUGCCCGGCGCUCGAGUCCCUCACCCUCAGCUGCUGCCACCGCCUCACCUCGGUGAGCGUCGCCAGCGAGAGGCUGCGCGUCCUGGAGCUCGCGGGCUGCCGGGCCGUGCGCGAGCUCCGGGUCGCCGCGCCCGCGCUCGAGUCGCUCACCUUCUAUGGCCGCGCCUACGUCAAAGAGGCCGACGACGACGGCUGGUACGACGGCCCCGUUGCCUUCUACGCUGGCGCCGCCGCCACGCCGGCCCUGCGGGACGCGUACCUGUCGCACCUCGGCUGUGAAUUCGACGUCGGCGCCGGCUCGGCCUACCCCUCCUUGUACAACGCCGUCGCGAAUGCCCGGAUCUUGACGACUUGCUCCGUCGGCUUGCUGCUUCUUCAUGUUGCAUACGUCGACGGCGAGGCAGAACACAUAGACACGCCGAACCUAGAAGAGCUGCAGCUGAUGAUGAGCUCCUAUUAUCAAGAAGUCGACCAUCUGUUCAGUUUCUUCGCGGUCACCUCGCUUCCGGUGCUCAGACGCCUCUUUGUUCGUUUAAGCUCCCUGGCGGACGUGCAUUACGGUGGCCCACGCAGCUCGGCGGCGGCGGCGGCCGGCGUCGUCUUUGACCAGCUGACCCUGAUCAAGGUGGUGAAUUUGAGAGGGACAGGGGCAGGCACGAGCUGCGGCUGCUCAGGUUCUUGCUGACGAGGGCUCCCUCCCAGCUGGUGCUGGUCACGGCGGAAGGAGAGGGAGCUCCGGGAGACGAGGAGCUGGAGGCUAUGCGGAAGCGGGUGUCGGCAGCGGCAGAUCUAAGGGGGCUGGGGGCUCCAGCCCCGUAAAACAACUAAUCACACUUAAAAUACUGUAGCAAAAUUCUUAAAUCACCAUUAAAUCUUCAUGCAAAUUAACAACUCUAUUAAUUCAGCCCUCUUGUCCUCCAUCCUACCUCCGCCACUAGUGUCGGGGCUGAGGAAGGCGUCGUGCAGGGCCCGCAUCUCCGUGUGCCGGCCCAACGAAGACAACAGCCCCAACCCUGCACACACGCGGUUCUUCCACGAGGAGUAGCUGACUGAUGAUACUGCAUGUCUGCAUGCUGCUUGAGGAGUGAUUUGAAAUAUAAGCGGUACGGCUCCGUAGCAAAUGAGCGGUGUUUUUAUUUAGGGUGCUCGAUCUGCUUUACUCUCUUAAAUGCUACCCCUCCGUUCCAAAUUAUAAGACAUUCCAAUAAUAUUGGAAAGUCAAAGUUUUUUAUGUUUGAUCAAAUUUAUAUAAUAGAAUAAUGACAUUUAUUAUAUAAACUAAGUAUUAUUAGAUUCUUUAUUAGUUAUAUUUUCAUAAUACAUCAAUUUAAUAUCAUAAAUCUUUAUAUUUCUCUCUAUAAUCUUGGUCAAACUUUAGAUUGCUUUGACUCUCCAAGAUUUUUGGGAUGUCUUAUAAUUUGGAACGGAAGGAGUAGCUAGUAGUAGGAUAUCCGAUACUAAAAUAAAAAUUAGACGCUAUCACACAGCGCACUAACGUUGCGGUAGGAAUUUUUACACGUAAUUUUAUUACAACAGGUAUGAGCUGAUGUUGCAGCACUCCCACCUCAAUGAUUAGAUGUUGAGCUGAACUUCACAUACGAGUUUUUUUUGUUGUGAUAGACAUACCAUAAUGUUGCAGCAAGGGUGAUUACUAAUGUCGCAGUGGGCAUUUAAAUUGAUUAUUGAUGCUGCAAUAGUUGUUUUAAGGUUGUUCCAUGGGUCGGUAUGUGACAUUGCAGUGGUCGUUUUCAAUAUGUUUGAGAUGUGAGGUGAUGUUGCAACAACUGUUUUAGGAUGUUGCAUAAAUCUAUUCUUGAUGUUUCAAUAGUUGAUUUACCAUGUUGCACAUUUUUAAUAUAAUUGACUAAUUCUAUUUUUUCUAUUAGUUUUUAAAAAUAUUUUUUUUUUGAAAUAUGAGCUGAUCUUGCAGCGGGUAAAGCACUCCAACCUCAAUAAUUAGAUGUUGUCGUGGACUUCUCAUGUGAGUUUUUUUAUUGCUAGACAUACCAUGAUGUUCCAGCAAGAGUUGAUUACUAAUGUCGCAAUUCAUUUUAAUUGAUUAUUGGUCUUGCAAUAGUUGUUUUAACCUUUAAGGUUGUUCUAUGGGUGGAUAUUUGAUGUUGCAACGGUCAUUUUCAAUACGA